AUGCCAGGAUUCAAAGCUGCAAAGGAUCGACUAACACUGCUUUUAGGUGCUAAUGCAGCUGGUGAUUUGAAGCUGAAGCCUAUGAUGAUCUACCAUUCUGACAAUCCCAGGGCUCUGAAAAACUAUGCUAAAUCUAGCCUGCCUGUUUACUACAAAUCAAACACUAAAGCCUGGAUGACUGCAAGUCUAUUUACAACAUGGUUUACAGAUUAUUUUAAACCCACAGUUGAAGCCUACUGCAAGGAAAAAAAAAUUCCUUUUAAAAUUUUAAUGCUUACUGACAAUGCACCUUCUCACCCACGAGCAUUAAUGGAAAUGUACAAUGAGAUUCAAGUUGUUUUCUUGCCUGCAAACACCACAUCUAUUCUUCAGCCUAUGGAUCAGGGAGUGAUUGCAACCUUCAAAGCAUAUUAUUUGAAGAAGACAUUUACUGCUGCUAUAACUGCCUUAGAUAGCGAUGCAUCUGAUGGUGCUACACAGAACAAAUUAAAAGCCUUCUGGAAAGGAUUUACAAUUCUAGAUGCUAUUAAAGCAAUUAGAGAUUCCUGGAAUGAAGUUUCAGAAUCAGCAUUGAGACGUGUGUGGAAAAAGCUAAUCCCCACCUUUAUGGAUGAUGUUCCCGGCCUUGAGACUUCGGUAGAGGAAGUCAAUGCUAGCGUUGUGGACAUGGCUAGACAACUGGAACUAGAAGUGGAGCCUGAAGAUGUUACAGAAUUGCUUGCAUCUCAUGACCAGCCAUUGACAGAUGAAGAUUUGAUUAUGAUUGAAGAGCAAAGAAGACUGUUUCUUGAAACUGAUGGUUCUACUGAUGAAGACCCAGUUUGCAUUAGGGAAAUGCCAACAAAAGAAUUAGAGGAAUAUGUCAAUUUAAUUGAAACGGGUUUGGCAGGUUUGGAGCAGAUUGAUGGCAAUUUUGAAAGAAGUUCUUCAGUUAAUAAAAUUGUGUCAAAUGGAAUUGCAUGUUAUAAAGAAAUACUUCGAGAAAGGAAGCGUCAGUCCAUGAAGCAAACUUCUUUGCUAUCAUAUUUUAAUAAAGUCCCACAGCCAUCAUCAUCACCUUCAACAUCAAGACCUGAUGAAUCUUUGUCAAGUUCUCCACCUUCAAAACUGAUUUGCAUUGAAAACUCAGAUGAUGAAUCAUAA